AUGUUACAAAUGAAAAAUCGCUUAAAAUAUUGUUCACUCGCCAUCGCCGCCAGCCGACUGCUGACCGGAGCCAUGAGGAAUCCACUGGUCUUCCUGGACAUUGCGGCUGAUGGGGAGUUUAUAGGCAGGAUUAUAAUAGAACUUAAUGCAGAUGCGGUUCCCAAAACAGCAGAGAACUUCAGAGCGUUGUGUACAGGAGAGCAUGGGUUUGGAUAUAAGGGCUCCAUUUUCCAUAGAAUCAUUCCUGAGUUCAUGUGUCAGGGUGGAGAUUUCACAAAUCACAAUGGCACUGGUGGGAAAUCAAUUUAUGGAAAGAACUUCAAAGAUGAGAAUUUCAAGUUGAAACACACUGGAUCAGGUGUGCUGUCAAUGGCGAACUCUGGGCCGAACACCAACGGAUCUCAGUUUUUCAUCUGCACUGCCAAAACAGAAUGGCUUGAUGGCAAACAUGUCGUGUUUGGUCAAGUGAACGAGGGCAUGGAGACUGUCAGGGUAAUGGAGUCGUAUGGUUUGCAUGAUGGAGGAACACUUAAGAAGAUUGUCAUCACAGACUGUGGGGAACUUAAAUAAUACACGACUUUACACUGUACAGUGCUGACAACUGACUGUUCUCAUGUAAAUGAUUAGUCUCCAGCCAAAAGGUAAAUGAUUUGAUUUUUAUAGCCAUUUCUGCAUUUGGAUAUAAUUCCUUAUGAUUAAAGUAAUGAUGUAAUGUUUUAUAUCUUUUUGAUUUAAAUAAAUAUGGCCCACUUUUAUGUGUGGGGAAAUUAGAUUCAGUGCUUUAUGCUUGCUAAGUAAGCACUUCUGCACUGCCUGCCAAAUCUUAACAAUUAAAAUCAAACCUAAAAGCUAUGUAUAUACUUUUCUUUUUUUUUUGUGGAAAAGUACAUGAAGUUUGUAUAACUCCACAGAAUAAACUAAACUGUAUAUGAAACCUAUUGUGUGCCUCUGGUUUUAUCUUUUAAUGUCUGAAAUGCUCUUUCCAGAUGAGGGUUACAACUUUUUUCCCCUGUAUCUCUAAGCACAGACCUACAGAAUAUACACCCGUGGGAUUUAGUUAUAAAGUGAAUUUCCACAAUUCCACACCAUUGCAUUUUGAACUCUCUUAACAGCUAAUUUAGUUGCCCCCACUUUUUAAAAAUUUUUUUACUUUUUUUUAAUAAAGUUUCCUGAUAAUGAUGUGAAGCCAAAACUUCCUGUCCCCUAGAACAGGAUGUGACAUCAUAUCUGUGUCCUUGACACUUCACAUUAAGGUCAGAUUGGCUUCUUUUGUAUGGCGUGCAAGCCAAAAUCUCUAUUACAGUAUUUGCAAUAAAGUCUAUACCUUCCUUGCACUAUGCUCUGUGAGUUUGAGGUGGAGGUGUAGCUUAUCACAGUAGUGCCUUAUGAAAGUAAAUUAUGAAUCUUCGUGGAAAAACAGUCCACUUUCUUAAAUGAAACCAUAUGUAUGCUGAGAUCACAAGGUUUGUUUGACUUCUCAGAUUACAGAGUUGCCUUGGAGACGCUCACAUUCCCGUUCUGUUUAAGUCUACAUUGUUGUAAAACAAACUUGAUAUAAUUUGGACCUCCA